CUGCUGAGAUAAGUUCAUUGGAAGGUUAGAAAAUGAAAGUAAGUAGCUGGUUUAUAAGGGAAAGACUUCAUAGGGUGAGACAUUCCUCUGCAGUUUAGAUCAUCGCCUCUUGUCUGUACUGACAUAUCUGAUACAUUUGCAAUGAAUCUGGUUUUUCUCACAUUGCUGUGUGCCCUUGUGUUUGGAGUCAGUCUUACAAACUGUGCCGCGCACGUCGGGGGGUCAACAGAACGGUGUUUAUGCCAUGGGACAAUGCUAAAAUCAGUAAAGCCUGGAUCCAUUCGUAGAUUCAGAUUGUUUCCACCCAGUGCCUCCUGCUCACAGACUGAGAUUUUGCUAUUGAAUGUAAAGCAAAAAGGGAAAGGAAAAGGAAAAGGAAAGGGAAAUGGAAAAGGAAAGGGAAAAGGGUGGGUGUGUCUGGAUCCAAGUAAGAAGCAAGGACAGAUGUUAAUCAGAAGCAAAGGUCUCAAGAGGCAAAACCAAAAGCAAAAGAAUUAAGGAAGAAAAAGGAAGAAUAAGAAUGAAGACGACUAUAUUUUGUGGUCUAGCAAAUCCAUUUACCAUAACUGUACUUUUGAAAAUAAUUUUUUUGAUUUUGUUACACAUUUUCUAACUAUAACAAUAUGUCAUGGUUUUAAACUGUAGUAAAUGAUUUGUUCUGUAAAGAAAGUUCUUAAUUGAAACAUUGGAUGAAGUAUUGGACACCUUGUGUAAUUGUUUUUAUUCACAAUAUUUUGUAACUUGUUUAUUCAUAUGAUCGUUUCUUAUACAAGGAAAAGUGGUCUUUGAUAUAAAUAAGCUAUACAAAUUAUUUCCAUGCAAAAGAGGUGUUUCAUUUUCAAACAGGCUAAAAAAUAUUACUAUGAAUCAAUUAAAAUAUAUCAUAUAUAAUUUCAUUUAAUUUCAUAAGGAUGAAUGUGGACUCAGACUGAUCAUUCUUUCAGUUACUACUAUACUAUAAAACUAAAUUUAUUCUAUAAUUAAGAUUCUCUCAUUUUGCAAAGUCUGUCAAAUAUUGCUUGUUGAUUCAUAUUUAAUUUAACUGAAACAAAAAUUAAAA